AACAUAUUUGCGACUAAUUUUUUUUUUACAUAAAUGUAUUUGAAUAAACCUCGCCAGUUUAACAUCUAGUAAUUUAUAAGGAAUAAUUGAAUUGUGUCACAGUGUUACAAGAAAGUGGCACAGUAAGUGUCACAAAAAAGUGGCACAGACGUAUAUAUAUUGUUAUAAAUGUUCUUUUUCCAAAUAAAUGCUGCCACUAAAUAUUACGCAAUUAAUCGGUCUCGAUAGAAGGAAUUUUCAGAACUACGUGUUUUUCCCGUUCCCUGAGCAAAAAAAUUUCAAGCUUCCCGUUUCCAGAUUCCAUCUUUAUAAAUUAAUCGAAGUUAGUUUAGUUACCACUGAAGAGCAAGAACCCAGAAGAAGAAAGGAAGAACAGAGGAAAGCGGGAUGUUGUUUCAGGUGGGAGGUCAAGGGACUCGUCCCACCUUCUUCGAGAUGGCCGCUGCCCAGCAGCUUCCUGCCAGUCUCAGAGCCGCCCUCACUUACUCUCUUGGCGUAGUUCCCAAAUCCCACCUUUUUUUUUCCUCACAUUUUUGUCAAAUUUCAAAUGGGUUUUCGUUUCGAAUUGUUGUCCAAUUAAGGUCAAGUUUGUUUCUUUUUCUGUUUUGUGGUUGUAGGUAUUGGCUCUGAGAAGGCCCUUUAUCCACAAAAUUUUGGACUAUGAAGAUGAAUUCUUUGCUCUGUUGAUGCUUGUCCUGGAAACUCAUAGUUUGCGUACUACUGAUGCUUCGUUUGCUGAGUCUCUUUAUGGGCUGAGAAGAAGAGCUGUUAAUAUUAAAUUGACCACAAAAGAUCAAAAUGAUACUAGGAAAAAAAUUGUGCCUUUGGAUGCCGUUGGUGAUGCGAUUCACCAUAGUGGUUUAGAGAGGCGCCAAAAAGUACUCUCCGUGGCUUUUCUGGUUGUUCUGCCAUAUAUUAGGUCAAAACUGCAGUCUGUAUACAAUAAAGAACGGGAAGCUGCACUUCAAGCAAGUUUAUGGGGUGAGGGUGAGGAGAGAUUUGACAACAUUGACUACCAUGAUGUAAGUGGUAAUUCCCCAGUUUCUCGGAGCAGGAACACUGGGGAAACAACUACUAGACGAAGACUGAUUUUGAAGAGAAUUCAGAAGAUUAUUGCUGCUUGCUACCCAUGGAUCCAUGCCGGAAAUGAAGGGUUGUCAUUUGCUUACCAGCUUUUGUACCUACUGGAUGCUACUGGAUUCUAUUCUUUAGGAUUACAUGCUCUUGGAGUUCAUGUUUGUCGAGCUACUGGGCAAGAGCUGAUGGAUUCAUCUUCGAGGAUUUCUAAGAUCAGAAGCCGUGAGCGUGAGAGACUCCGUGGUCCUCCUUGGCUGAAGGCAGUACAAGGUGCUCUAAUGAGCAGUAUGUAUGCUGUUCUAGAUUAUGCACAGACCGGUUUAAUUGCUGCAGUGUUUUUCUUUAAAAUGAUGGAAUGGUGGUACCAAUCUGCUGAGGAGAGAAUGUCAGCUCCAACUGUGUAUCCGCCGCCACCACCUCCUCCUCCACCAAAGGUAGCUAAGGAGGGAAUUUCACUACCAGCAGAUAGAACGUUAUGUCCAUUGUGUUCACAAAAGCGUGCGAACCCAUCAGUCAUAGCUGUAUCAGGAUUUGUUUUCUGUUAUUCUUGUGUUUUCAAAUACGUCUCUCAGUACAAGCGCUGCCCUGUCACCUUGAUGCCUGCAAGUGUGGAGCAGAUUAGGAGGUUGUAUCAUGAUAUGUAG